UCCUUUAACUUUUAAUUAAAAUCACCAUGGAUUACCAGAAAGCAAUGCUCGCUGAGCUCAUGUCUCAAUAUGUUGACGUGGAUAACAAAGAUUUCUGGGACGAAAGCGUAUGUAAACACUAUCUUGUGGCUUUCUGUCCUUCCCAGCUUUUUACAAACACCAAAUCUGAUCUUGGACCUUGCGAUAAAUUGCACAACGAUCGACUGAAAGAGCGUUAUCAAAAUUCGCCCGAUAAGCACAAAUACCCAUUUGAAGCAGACUUUUACGAUUACCUGAACAAGCUCAUUAGAGACCUAGGCCGAAAGAUUAAUCAGGGCAAAGGCCGCUUGCAUAUUCAGCUGGGCGAACAUAACUCAGAGGAACGUAAAGAGGAGAAGCAAGAAAAAAUGGUCUUGCUGGAUGUAAAGAUCAAGGAGCUGCUACAAAAGAUUGAGGAAGCUGGUGAAGAAGGUCGAGUUCAAGAAGCUACAGAACUUACAAAUCAAGUGGAAGAACUCGAGAAAGAACUGGCUGGCCUGAAAGAGGGUGACGAUUCCGAAAAAUCCGAAAAACGCAUGGAGGUUUGCUCAGUCUGUGGAGCUUUCCUGGUUACUAACGACUCGUCCGAUCGUUUGGAAGCGCACUAUCAGGGUAAGCAACAUCAAGGAUAUCUGAAAAUUCGUGAAACACUCGAUGAAUGGAAGAACCGCCGAUGGAACGGUCGUGAUAACCGUGAUUACUCACGCGCACGGUACGAUUACCGAGAUCGUCGAGACGGAGGUAGGGAUAGAGAUUACCGUCGUUACUCGGAUCGCGAGCGAGGCUAUAGAGGAAGAGAUGAUCGUCGUCGUAGUCGGGACAGUCGUGACCGACGUCCUGAAGAUGAAUGGAGUCGUGAAGUCGAAAGUUACAGCCGCCGAUCUCGAGAUAUGCCGCAGCGUUCGCGCUCACGAUCGCCCAGACGUGCUCGCUACGACUAAAAUUUUCCCUGGUACUUAUAAUUCCAAACAUCAAAGCUUACAGUAACAUGCCCACUUGAAAUAAAAUCAUAAAGAAAGGUAUUUCCCUUGCCGAAAUAAAAAAUUGGA